AUGAAUUUUUCAUCAAUAAUGAGUUCACCGGUAGCGGACCAGUACCAGGUUGAUGAAUUCAACUAUGGGCCGCCUCCGGCUUCAUUUUUCACAGGUCCGGCUGCUCGCCAGAUCCAGAAUCCCCAGCACAUUUUCAUGAAUUAUCCUCAGCCGGUUCCAUUGCAGAGGUCCGGGUCGGCUUUUCAACCCCUUCAGGCGAGAGAUGGGUUCCCAGAUAUCGACCUGAUGGCACUCCAGCCUGCACCUCAGGCGUCGACCCCCGGGAUGCAUCCUACUUCGAACUAUUGCUUCCAAGCGGGGAAUCAGGAGCCGAACGAUAUGCCUGUCGGUGCAGGGUUCAACAGCUACCAUCAACCGCUUCCCAACGCCUGGUACUCCCAGCCCUCGCCGAACGUUGCUGGGGCUGCUUUUCAAGGGAUGCCAGCUGGCCAGGCCUCUCAUCAGGUCCCUCCUCAGCUUCCCCAGGCUUAUUGCAGCAUUGCUGGGGGCCCUUCGCCGGAGAUGCUAGGAAACCAGACCCCUCAACCCUUUGUUAAUGCCAACGGGGCUGCUCCUUGGGGAACAUUCGUUGGUCAGACUCCUCACGGGAGUUAUCAACCCUCUGCCAACAUGACUAUGACCGCUCCUCAGGAUUCACUUGUCAGUCAGCCCUUUGUUAAUACCACUGGGGCUGCUCCUCAGGCCAUUCCUCAGGCCUUUCAGCCCUCUGUCAAUAAUACCGGGGCCGCUUCUUGGGAAACACUAGUUGAUCAGACCCCUCGCCAGAGUCAUCAGCUCUCCACCAACAUCCCCUCGGCCGCUCCUCAGGAGCCACUAGUCGAUCAACCCUCCCAGUCCCCUGUUAACAUCGCAAGGGCUACGCCUCGAGGGAGGUCAGUUAACCAGGCCGCUCACAAUGGCUCUUCCCAGGCUCCUCCUCAGGCCCUUCAGUCCUCUACCAACGUCACUGGGACUGCUCCUCGGGGAACGCUUGGUAAUCAGACUCCUCACGGGAGUCACCAACCUUCUACCAACACUGCCGCGACUGGUCCUCAGAAGUCAACAGACUGUCAGACCUCUAAGCCCACUGUUGAAAACACAGGGGCUGCUCAUUGCGGAACACUCGGUAGCCAGAGUUCUCAUGAGAGUCAUCAGUCCUUUACCAACAGGGCAAUCACUGCUCUUCAGCAGAUACUCGACAACCAGAGCCCUCGACGCUCUGUUAGCGCCACCGGGACUGCCACUCAGGGGGAGUCAGCCAGCCAGGCCUCUCUUGGGAGUCAUCAAGCCUCUACCAACGUUGCUGUGACUGCCCCUCAAAAGUCACCAGUCAGUCAGCCAUCUCAGCCCUCCGUUGGCACCCACGGGGCUGCUCCCCAGGGGGAAUCAGUCAGCCAAGCCUCUCAUGGGAGCCAUCAACCAUCUACCAACACAACAGUGGCUGCUCCUCCAAAGUCACCAGCCAGACAUCCCUCUCAACCCGCCGCUGGAAUCACCGGGGCUGCUCCUCUGGGGAGACCAGUUGGCCACAAUGGCCUUGAGGUACACAGCAGGAUACAUGGCAGCCGAGUCAAUGGCGUCAGAAAAUCAACCACCACCCAGUCUCCAACCACGUCUCGCGGCCGCAAGAAGUCCGAAAAGAAGAAUCCGAGCCCAACAAAGACGCAACCACAGAAAUCCUGUCCCCCACCACCCCCAGUUAAGGACAUACUCAAGCAGAAUGGAUGCACCAGCUGGGAGGCCGACAUGGCCCGUCACCUCCAUAAUAGCAAUGUGAUGGGUCUCUACAAGAUUGGAGAUUAUCUGUGCGACGUGCACGCCGCCUCUGGCGACUUCGUCAAGCUCGCUAAGCGUGGUGUUACACCUGACGGGGAGUACUUCUGGUGCCACACCAUCCUAGGGCAGCGUAUUCACUCUGUUGGCGCAGAGCAUCUCAAUGGCAAGAUUGUUUGCUCGAGCAACGGCGCCUUUAUAGCGAUGGAGGACUCUCAGGGAAAUAUGAUUGUUCCUAAGUGGCAAUUUACCGACCCUGUGGACCUGGAGAGCAAGUCCAAGAAGCCGAAGGAUCAGAGCGAGUCCAGGGAGCUGAAGAAUCAGAGUGAGUUCAAGAAGCUGAAGCAGGCGCUGAAGAAUCGGAGAACCACACUCAAAAAGGAGACAGCAGUAAUCUCAGGACUCAAACCUGGCUGCGAUCCGAUGUGGUUCUAA